AUGGGUGCAUUGUCACCACCAAGUUCACACUGUGGUACCGCCUUAUCUCCUGUAGCAAAAGGAAAUGUCCUCUAUCCAAGUGGAGAUGUAUUUCCUUCACAGGCCUUCCUCGAUUGUGAUCUGGGAUAUACAAAGAGUUCCAUAAAUUGGUACGCAGAUUGUGGAACAGGUGGCUCAUGGGCACGCACGAGUGGUCCUCAGACUUGCAAUGCUAUCGUGUGCACUGCACCUACAAUAACGAAUGGAGUGGUUACUGGUAGUGCACCAGUAUUCAAUGUAACCUGCAAUGCUAACUUCGGCAUAGUGGGUAGUCCUACAGUGACAUGUACAAGUGUAGCCACGACAACGACAGUCCCGACCUGUGAACCGAUUUGCCCGAUCCUCAACAUUCCCAAUGCCAAUUACAGCACAGCGAACCAACUCGUUGGUACAAAUGUCAAUGUCACUUGCAAUGGCGGAUUUGAAAUGUAUGGUCCUCAAACCAUUACCUGCCAGGCAUCUCAGUUAUGGACAACCAUUCCAGAAUGUGAAGCUAUUGUCUGUAGUACGCUGCCUACAAUCAACAAUGGCAGUGCAACAGCCAGCAGCAUGACAAAGUAUGGUGUACUACACAUCCACUGCAACACCGGCUAUACAUUGUCUGGAAUGGCAACUUCCAAAUGCCUGUCUACUGGCUUCUGGGAAAGUCCCAUAGCCAGCUGUACCGGUGAGAAGACUAAAAUAUCUCCUUGUGUAUACAGUACGUAUCUAUUAUUGCACGAUUAA